UAGUAAACAUUGGAUAUGGGUAAAACAGGCGUUUUUCGAACACCAUCUUCAGAAGCAGUGAAGGCCAUUCUUAGUGAAUAUCGAAAAGCUAGUAGCAGGCUUCCUCAUAAUUGUAUAAGUACUGGCUCACGAGCCAGUGGUUACCAUUUCGUAGAUGAAUAUGACUACCUUUUCAAGCUCCUCUUGAUCGGCGACUCUGGCGUUGGAAAAUCUUGUUUAUUACUACGAUUUGCUGAUGAUACAUACACCGAAAGCUACAUUAGUACAAUUGGCGUAGAUUUUAAAAUCAGAACAAUAGAAUUAGAUGGUAAAACAAUCAAGUUACAGAUAUGGGACACAGCCGGACAGGAACGAUUCCGAACUAUAACAUCCAGUUACUACAGAGGAGCCCAUGGUAUCAUAGUAGUAUAUGACGUUACUGAUCAAGAAUCGUUUAACAAUGUAAAACAGUGGUUACAAGAAAUAGAUCGUUACGCUAGUGAAAAUGUAAACAAGCUUCUGGUUGGAAAUAAAUGUGACCUGACGACAAAGAAGGUCGUCGAUUACACUACUGCCAAGGAGUAUGCAGACCAGCUUGGCAUCCCAUUCCUUGAAACUAGCGCAAAGAAUGCCACAAAUGUAGAACAAGCUUUUAUGACGAUGGCGGCCGAGAUAAAGAACCGGAUGGGACCAGUCACAGCUACUGCAGACCCGAAAGCAAAUGUGAAAAUCAAUACCAGUACGCCGGUGAAACAGUCGGGCGGCGGAGGAUGUUGCUGAAAGACGACCACGGAUAACGUUUCUACAGUCACAGACUUGGGUGGGGUCGGGCACUCAUCAUCUCAUAUUGUCAGCUCAAUGAACGGAAGCUCUGCUAUGACCAUUCACUGUGGAUGCGUUGCUGCCGCAUGUCGUGGCAUCUAAUAAGACUGGCCGGUGUUCUACCGUAGCAUUCAUGACUGGUUAUGGAAUGAUUGACAGAUCUAUUUAGUUUGUGAUGAUGUUUAAUCAAUGGAAUUUAAACCAUCUUGUGCGGCUGCUGUUAUUCCAGCCCACGUCAGAAUGCUCUGACUGAUCCAGAGUGUUUGUUAUACCAGAGCAGCGAUACUUUAUCUUUGACAUGAAAUGUGGAUUAAUUCAAACGACAAAGGAACCAGUGGUGAUUUAACUUAAAUUCAACCAGGUUGUUGUCCUUGCCCCCGUACAUUCCUAUUUCUACUGUUAACAGCGAUGUUAUUUGGGCUAUUUUUGGGAUGCUGCAAUUCGUCUUGGUUGCAAAGUAGUUGUGUUUGCACCCCUGAAACUUUUAAAUAUUCUGUUGGCUGUAUAUUAAUUAGCUAAUAAGUGCUAAAUUUGACCUGAGCGGUAAUGUUUAAUUUGACCCGUGUAGGAAAUGUUGAUCGUUGACAAGGGAAAGUCUUAGUUCAUGCAUGCCAUGCCCUGCAUCUCGGCGAAUGCCACUCUUGGGGACCAUCUCAGUGAUGGUGCUUGAGUCUUAUCAGAGUUGCGUUUCAAUCCCGUUCAUGCCAUUUUACUGUUCAGUCCAGAUUCUCAAGUGAUGUCAUUUAAAAAACUUGUACAGUGCUCAUCUUUGUAAGUAGGCUGUAUUCGCAUGGAACCUAUCGUUGGCCAUUUCGCAGUACUUCGAACUGCAUUUACCUGUAGGUCAAAAUCUAUAUGAGAAUUCGAUACCUUUGACCGACGAUUUCAGGGACUCAAUGCCAAGGAUUCGUCCUGGUGCAUUCACAAUAUAGGCCCAGCCUUGAGAGCAUGAUUGACUUCAGUACCCGGGAUAAUAUUCAACCUUGGUAGUGCACUCUUGAGUAGUCUCAGAAAUCCUGAAUUAAGCUGUGGUCUGAUGAAUGGCGCUGCCUUGUGUGGCAUGUUAUUUGGGAGAUGGGAAUAUUUAGUUCCUGAUACACUUUUUUUUACUGUUAAAUAUACAAGUCAGAAGGUCUUGAGAGAUAGUCUUGCAUUCCUGGUACAGGAGGCUCGUUGUAACCUUGCAUUCUUAGUACAGGAGGCUCGUUAUAACCUUGCAUUCUUAGUACAGGAGGCUCGUUAUAACAUGUAUAGCAGCCGAAGCAGUGCCACUGGGCGGUAAUAACAGACCUGCUGUUGAUAACUUCGUAGGCCCUUCUCUAGGCAAAGUCUGAAAUACUAUGAAAUGGCCUCCAGGCACUGUCCACAGUAGAUGCUUUGCAAUUCAAUGUAUGAUACAUUCUGUUGUAUCAUUCAUAUAUGAUUCUUCAUUAAAAAUGCACAAUAUUUUCCCUGUGUGUUGACGUGAAGUGACGAAAUUGUGAAUAGGAAGUUAACAUUAUUUUCCCAAGUGUUGCUUGUACAUUGUAAAUGGUUGAGCUUGAACUAUUAGUACGUCGACUACGCAGGGUAAGUAUUUUGAUUCCAUACUUCUGCAGUGCUCUCCAAGAUUUCUUUUGGGGUGGGUGGCACUCCCAAAUCACAUCUUGAUCUUUUAGAUAAUUUCCGGGUUGUACUAUGAUUUCUGGUUGUAACAUUUUCAUAUUGCAAAACUAUAGACCACAUCAGAAAUUCGGCCAGCUGGUAAUAACCCGUUGGCUGACUUUUUCAAAUUGGUCCGAAAUCCAUGGUAGUCCACCCUUCCAAAAUGAAUCAUGGUGAACUGUGCUUUGCAUUGUAUUUGAUGUGCAUCUUGUUGGUCUCAAAAACAAUUCAGAUUAUUUAUGUAUAAUUAUCAAGAUUUCUUAAUAAUUCGAAGUGUGGUGAUUUUUCUGGGCUCUUAAACUAGUUGAGGGUGGGUGGGACCCAGUGCUUCCAGUGUUCUGGUGAAUUCACAAUGUAUGGAAGAGCAUGUAUAAAAUGCACUGGGUUAAGGAAUAAAAAGCCAUUGUAUGUAUCAUAAUAUAUAUUAUUUGAAUUGAUGACCACCUGUGUAAUAAUAAAUAUAGACAAUAUUGUCCUGACUAGUUUUAUUCCGCAUACCAUUUGAUUUUCUUACUUGUAGGUGUGUCUUUCAUCGGCACAUCUGUGUGUAGCCUUCCUUGGUUGUGUGCUGAACUGCUGUGUUCUCGAGGUUAUUUCUUGCUGGCCAUUAAACCAUACAACCUUGCUUCUAGACCACCUUUAUUCUGUUGUUUCCAUAUGACCAGCCCGUAUGGCGUUGACUUUGUAGGGUAUGCUCACGAGGCUGGCCUGCCUUGUUGAAAUAACCUGUUGAGAACACUGGAUCAUCGCCCAUCGAAGGCCUCGCCUGUAGGUUAGGUUAGGCAGAUGCUCAGUAGCUGUCCUCUCUUUGGUUGCUGCUUGGCUGUCUGAACUACGUGUAAAUAUUUUUGCCGUGACUAUAAGUCGUCCGUGUUCUGUGUCCCUUUAUGUCCGUGUCACCAGUUGUGGAAUGAAUUGAUCCCUUUUCUGGUCCCAUUUCUAGAAUGAGUUCAAUUUUCCCUGGUUCUUCGGGCCAGAGGUUCUCCAUACUUGGGGUAAAAAUGUAAUUGAAAGCUCGGCUAUUCAUACUUGCUUCACAGAUAAAUUUGUGGAUAAUAAAAAAAGUGUACUUUCUUGCACUGGAAUGACAUAAAUUUGGAAAGCAAUGCACAAAAAUCAUAUGUGCCAAACUAUUCAACGAAAAAGAAUUUUUUUUAACAAUAUCUGGUUACAGUUGGUAGGAUACCAGUCCUCAUCUCUGUUUUGGACGGAGAGGAUUUUGAGAAGAUUUUAACGCAUCUCUGGAACCCUCAGGUUUUCCAACUGUGUCUUUUCACUUGUACAUGUACAUCCGAAGUCCACUUUCAGAACAGUCCAUAAUCUUUCUAUAUCAUUAUAAUAAUAGUGAGUAGUUAACAUUUUAUUCAAUACCAACAUUCUUCAAAUUCACUAUGACUUUACUAGCGUGUCUUUCUUUCGGAUGGACUGGUGAAUUAUAAAAGCGAUCUUAAAUGUUCUGAGGGUAUGGUUUGGAUAUAAAAUUUAUUGCUUGGAAUUUUGAAGACCUCUAUUUCGGCUUGGGUUCUGAGUUUACAUGCUACUGCAAGUCUUCAAAAUACUAUUAAAUUGAAGAAUAUUUCAAGCCAGCAUUUGACCUUGAGCAUUUGUAAGGUUAAAAUAAGCAACGUUUGUAUUUCUGUCCAUAACAAUAUCCGAGUUAAAACUUUCCAGAAUACAUGUAAAUAAAGUUCAGGCAUGCAAGCGUAAUGUUACUAUUUGUUCUUAGCAGAUUAGUGGCUCGUGACUGUGCUAAUUUCUAAACAUUGUGUUUGUUUGAAGUGUUAACAAACAAUGAAAGGGAAAUAUUCUGGGAGUGCUGAAACUGCCGGGGAAUGGAUUUCCUCAAACAUGCACAAAUCAUGUAUGGUGGUAUUCUUGUUGUCAGUUAUUACACAAGAUGAAGUGUUCUUAUGUAAUUGUCGCAUGGUUUUGACUUCGAUGAAAAAGGACAAGCACUUUUGUGCAAACCGUUCCAGACUUUGUAGCUUGAACUGCAGACUAAUUUUUUUCGUGAGGGACUGGUAGCUUAUCCUGUGAAGCAGGGCUUUCCAACUACUACAAGCAGCCUGUAAGGGGCACCAGGCUGAUCCUGGGGGUACAAAGAAACUGCCAGGGGUGCAAGACAGCUGGUCCAAGUUGCACUUAACCACCGUGCACCUGCCUAAUGAGUAUGACGGGUCUAUUUUGGCCUUAAAGUCUCCCUUUGUAUAGUACCCCCAGGUAUAUGGCACGGCUUAACCCGCCGGCCAUGAGGGAAUUCCUUUAUGGCCCAGUGGUUGGCGCGUUGGCCCCAGAGUGGAAGUUAAGCAAAAGUUGGUUAUAUUUGUCGCAUGUCGAAGGGUCGUCACAACAUUGGAGACCUUCUGCAACUGUCCCGGGUUGAGGAAAAGUUGGAAGGCCCUGCAAUAGAAUCAUUGGGGUAGCUGAUUUUACAUCAUAUCAUUAUUGGACUUUCAUGAACCAAAAUGUGAGCUUUGUCCUUGAUAUCACCGUCAGAAUUUCUGACACAAGCUCACUUUCAACAUUGGCCAACAGUCUAGGAAAAGCUUCAGAGAAGUCUUCAUCAACGUUUCGAAGCAAAAUUGAGUAGUGCCGCGUUGAGCUUCAAAUUGCUUGACAUUAGAUGCUACAGAAAGUGUUAGAUGUAAUUAGGGGAUUCAUCAUACUAAUGAGGGGGUCAUCAUACUCCCUGUCCCAGGAAACGUGUCAUGAGUUGAGCUGGUUUGAAGUGACCAGUCCGUAGAGGAUUAUUGUACGUGUCAUUUGAUUGGGUCAGUGGCAUCAAGAAUUCAUAAAGUCUUGUCUUUAUUAAUUCUUGGAGGCAUGUGUAUGAACACAAGGCAAGGUGGGCUACACAAGGCUUUGUUACCAUCUUUAAAUUGUCUUGAUUUGUAUAUUUAAAUCGGAGAAAAAUACACAUUAGAAUGUAUAUGAGGAA